UUCUUUUUUUUUUUUGUUUUUUUGUUUUUUUUUUGGUGGAAAUAAGUGCAACAAAAAUGUGGCAAAGCUUGUAACAGAAAAUACAAAUCAAAAACAAAAUAACUAACUAAGGUACCGGAACGAAAAGUUGUCAACAACAACAACAACAACAACAACAAAGGCAACAAGAAACCACUAACGAGAUUCAUCUAUUGUCUGCAUCUGUGUAUCUAAUAAAAGCAAGAAAAAAAAUUUUUUUGUAUUUAUAUUCCUUUCGAUUCAGCAGAUAGCUGCACAACAAUUUUAGUCGUUGUUGGAAACAAAGAGUUGAGUUUUUCUUUUUUGCUUUUCGUUACAGCGAGAGCCAUUUAUUUACAAUUUACGAGUGCGCGUUUGUUUAAAUUGUACCUUUUUUCCCAAAUAAUUACAAUUGUUACGGACUUUUAUUCUGAACCGUUUUCUUUUAUUUUCUAAAAUGUUGUAAAAAUGUUGUUCUGAAUACGCUAAAUGCAAAAACCCUGUGCAGCACUUUUUCGACUAAAGUACAUAAUAUAUGAAUGAAAAAGUCUCUUGAAACAUUCUUUUCAUGUGGAUUAUUUUAUAUAAAGGAUGGUGUUAUUAAUUAACUGCAGCACUCAAGCAACGGUAACGACAAACAAACAACAACCAAAAAAGAAGGAAAAAAAUUCCGAAAUUCAUUAAAAAAAAUUAAAAUAAAUAAUAAUAGUAGUAGCAACAGCAAAAAAAAAAAAAUAAUAAUAAAAAACUACAUAUUGGAGAAGGUGUGUCUGCCAAUCAGUAUAAUGGCCCAGUGACUUGCUUUUCCUUUACAGCAAUUCUUAAAAAAACAAGUGAAUUAAAAAAAAAAAAAAUCAAUUUUUUUUCUUUUCAACGAAAAAAUUCCGUUAAUAACUGCAGUGUUCCGUGUUAAAAAGCGAUUAACAAUUGAAACUUGAUUUUAAGAAUAAAUUAAAAGCGUUGUUUUUUCGAUUAUUGCUAUUAUUCUCCUCUGUUUUUUUUUUUUUCUUUUUUUUUUUUUACUUUUCGUAUAAAUUAAUGUAAAGCUAACCACGUACACUAUAAGCUCUUUUUUGAUUUUUGAUUUUAUUGAAUUUAAGAAGAAAAAAAAAAAAAAAGUGAAUUUAUAAGAAUGAAAACAUCUGAUUAAAAUCAUAUUAAUUAUUGUUUAAAUGAAAGUGAGUUUUAUUUUUUAUUGGCAUAGCGCGCUUUAAUGCAUAAAAAAGCUAAAACUUGUGAGUUCAAAGUGAGAGUAAAACUGUAAUUCUUGCGAAGCACAGCAGCAUCACUAUCAGGCAAUAAGACAAUUACAAACAUCAUCAUGGAUACGAUUACAACCAGUGCAGAUACGGUUAAUAUAAGUGGCUUAAGCCACAACGAUAGUAACAACAUGAGCAUCAGCAACAGUACGAACACAACCAGCAACGACACCGUCGACAGCAGUAAUAACGAAAGUUUAUCGUUUUGCUUUAUACGGGGCUCAGAUCCCCGUGCGGCCACAUGCAGAGGUAAACUGCAAACUCGACGCUGUAAAUUAAAUCAAGAAAUAAAUAAAGAAUUACGAUUACGAGCAGGUGCCGAAAACUUAUAUAAGGCAACCACCAAUCGUAAAUUACGUGAUACGGUAGCGUUGGAGUUAAGUUUUGUCAAUUCAAAUUUGCAAUUACUCAAAGAACAAUUGGCUGAAUUAAAUUCAUCGGUAGAAAUUUAUCAAAACAACAGUCAAGAUGGUAUUAUGCCCAUGAUACCUUUGGGUUUAAAAGAAACAAAAGAAAUCGAUUUCAUGGAACCAUUUUCGGAUUUCAUACUUGAGCACUACAGCGAAGAGCCAUCAAUUUAUUUGGAUGCUAUAGCUGAUAUAACCGAUACCAGACAAGCUUCCAGGACUCCCUCACGCGACAGUCAGGGAGUAGCUUUACUCUUUCGCUAUUACAAUUUAUUGUAUUACGUUGAAAGACGUUUUUUUCCACCCGACCGAAAUUUGGGUGUUUACUUUGAAUGGUACGAUUCAUUAACAGGAGUACCUUCGUGUCAGCGUACCAUAGCUUUCGAAAAGGCUUGCACUUUAUUUAAUUUGGGUGCCAUCUAUACGCAAAUUGGCGCCCGUCAUGAUCGUUCUACGGAGAAAGGCCUUGACGCUGCCGUUGAUAGUUUUCUACGUGCCGCCGGCAUCUUUCGGCAUAUUUACGACACCUUCACCAAUGCACCGUCCAUGGAUUUGAAACCGCAAGUCUUAGACGUCUUGGUCUCAUUAAUGCUGUCACAAGCUCGCGAAUGUCUAUUCGAGAAAUUGCAAUUACAAAUCGAAUCGUUAGGUUUAACGGAAUCAAGUCAUCUUUUCAAAGAUUUAGCUGGUGAAGCAGCACAACUAACAUACGAGUACAAUGAAAUGCACAAAAACAUACAAAUGAAUGAUACCCAUACAUAUCUGCCUGAAUGUUGGGCUGGUCUAGUGCCACUCAAAGCUGAAUUCUAUAAAGCUUUGGCUCAUCACUAUGAAGCACGCAGUAUAGAUAUCAACGCCGACAAAGCAUCGCUGAGUACCAAAAAGUCACAAACCGCCUCCAAUGAAUCGUUUAUUGGUAAUGCGAGGGAGGCUAUGCGCGCUGCUGCUGCCGCCAACGAUGACAACGAUGAGGAUAGCAUUAGUUUGCCAGCUUUAAAACGAGCUCACCUUAAAGAAGCUUUAGCUAGUCAUGAAGAAUCGCAACGUUUGCAGCGCAUGUGUCGUUACUUAAAGAACAAAAUCGCAUUGGCCCAAGUCAUUAAGGAGGCUCAAUACAAAACACAAGAUGAGUUCGCGAAAUUCUGUGAAGAAAUACCGGAAAAUGAAAUCGAUGAUAUAUAUGAUGUCAUUGAUGUACAAGUUGAAGGCUGCUCCAAGUUUACUAUGUCUUUAACCGGUCCCGAUUUUACUUCAUACAAGAUAGAAGAUCCUUUUAAACGUCUUGGCCCGAUUGCUAUAUUUUCGGCUCGUCGCCACUGGACUGCACCACGUUGUGUACGCUUGCAGAAAGGCUCUAUCGGUUAUCAUGAUGUCUCGAACAAAGCCCUUGCCGCCAGCGCUACGGCAACAGAUUGUCACUGUCAUUGCGCAAUAACAAGCGAUGGUCAAGAGCUGCCUUGCUGUCUGCUUAAAGAUGAAAUUGAAAGUUUUGGUUUCCAUGUGCGCGGAGAUGCUCCAGUUAUUAUAUCGCAUGUAGAAAUAAAUUCUUUAGCUGAUUUGGGCGGAAUUAAAGAGGGCGAUUUUAUAGUGGAAAUCGCUGGCAUUGACGUUAAAUGGUAUUCACAUCAACAAGUUGUUCGUUUAAUACAAUCAUGCGGCGCAACCUUAGAAUUGAAGGUUAUCACACCCAUGGAUCGGAAUUACUUAAAGCCACUAUCGUCAAAAGGUUCCAUAUCGACGUUAUCGGCUGCGAGUUCAUCGGGUGUUUCCUCCGGCUCAUCCAGUCCCACUGGUACAACAACCAAGCCCAAGUUACGUUGUAAAACUUCGACAAAGGCUCGUUUGGGCAGUGUUUCAUCGACAUCAUGGAAUCCGUUCCGUCGUACACCAAGCUUAGCAAAAAUAUUUUAAGUUUAUAAAGAGACGUUUUUAAGAAAAUUUUAAACGAGUGGCCAUUUAAAAGAAAU